AUGCGUAUUAUCGAAAAAUGGUCUCGAGAGACAGGAACCAGGCAUCCCACCUGUUGCCGAGGGCAGAUUGCCGGUUGCAUUUCCUACAAGCCGGUAUUCUGUUGCUUAGUGUUUCCAGUGAUUGACUCACAAGUUUCAAUUCCACUUGUACUUGGUUCAGACUUUGCUUCGGUAAUCUUCGCUCAGGUUCGCUGCACAUGCAUGACUCACCAAGAUAGUGCGAUGAUCUCUCAGAAACAGGUAUUGAGAACGCAGGUGAAAGCCAUGUUGAGAGGCCUUUCGCAGGCUGAAUUGGCACGCCAAUCUGAAAUUGUGUCCCGUCAUGCAUUGUCACUUGUCAACGCCAAGGGUUUCACUCACAUUGCAUGUUUCUUGAACAUGGACCAUAGCGAGAUGAAGACCGAACCAUUGGUAGAGUCUCUGUUCAAACAGGGGAAAACCGUUUACUUGCCCCGGUGUUCGUCCACUAGUGUAUCGAAACAGGUUGACUUGAGACAGGAUGGUGCAUUGAAACGGCCACAUCUUGUGUUUUACCGUUUCGAUUCGUUGGCUCAGGUACAGGCGUUGCAACCUCAGGGCAAGUACAAGCUAAGAGAACCUGUACGAACUGACCCUGAACCAUUGCCCACGCCAGCAUUAGAAGUUAUCCUGAUGCCCGGCGUUGCGUUCUGUAAGAAGAACGGGGCUAGAAUGGGCCAUGGUGCAGGUUAUUACGAUGAUUAUAUCUCAAGACACAUCCAUUACACUGGGAAAAAGCCGUUGCUAGUCGGAUUAGCCCUCGAGGAACAGUUGGUGGACGACGUUCCCUUGGAACAACAUGAUUACACUGUGGAUUGUUUGGUUUGUGGUGACGGUACCGUGAAAUGGUAUACAUAG